AUGGGCUACAAGUCUCUUCAGCAAGACUACAAGGGUAUGCUGGCUGAGAUCGACGAACUACGGGAGCUUAUGAAGCCCCGAAUUCCCGAGCUUGCCAAGACUUUGGUGGCCGAAUAUGCACACCAAUCUGUAUCGAUUGAGGACAACCCCCUGAAGAUUGGAGACACCAUUGCUGUGUUCGACCUUCUCACGAGCAAACUCUUCGCGCACGUCGAUAUUGCUUCCAUUGCUGCUGAAGACCUUGCUCAGCUUGCUCUUCCGCAGCUCCGCUCCGAUGGGGGGGACGAGUCUGUUGUGAACGAGUUAAAAAAUCACAUUGUUGCUUCUCAAUGGAUCGCCGAAUCAGCCGCUGCUCGACUCGGCACAGCUGGAAUGGAUGAAGCCGAAAUGAGACAACUGGCGGCAAUGACUAUCAAAGGUACAGAAUCGGAGGCUAUCUACGCCAUGGCCUGGGGUGGGAGCGUUCCUCUCGGAGGAUAUCGCAAACUGCCCAUUGCAGUCAGAAGCAAUCCCCUUGAAGUCUUCCCGUAUCCUGCGGAAGUCCCGGCUUGUGUCAACCGAUUUUUCAACUGGCGCAAUUCACAGCAUCACAGCAAGGAAAUCCACCCUCUUAUCCUCGCAUGCCAAAUGACGGCGUACUUCGUUCACAUUCAUCCCUUUCCAGAUGGAAACGGCCGGGUCAGCCGAAUGCUGAUGCACGACUACAUGGUGCGCCAAGGCUACUUGCCAGUUGUCAUGCAAAACCUCGAGCGACAGGACUAUCUCCGCAUGAUCAAAGAUGCGUGCAACGGCGACCCCAGAGAGCUUGUCAUAACAGUCCUUUCGACCCAGCUAGACGAGCUACACACCUUUUACUGGCGGCAGCGCAACUGA